AUGGAUAAGCAGAGGUUGGCCGCGCUCCUUCAGGAGUCGCAAGUUCCCAACACCAAAAACCUCAAGGCUGUCACGUCGGAGUUGCAGAAGAACUACUACUCCCACCCUGAAUCUCUGCUUCUCCUCAUCGAGAUCGUCGCAACCCAUGAAGAUCUCAAUGUAAGGCAUCAGGCCGCUGUGCAGGCCGCUCGCUUGGCCGUUAAGCACUGGGAGAGGAUCCCCAAGGAGCAGAAGAAUGCUGUGCGUCAGCAUCUCGUUCAGGCCACGAUGAAUGAGCAGACCCUUCGCACCCGACAUGCAAAUGCGCGCUUGCUGGCUUCAAUCGCUACCAUUGACCUCGAGGAAGGGGAAUGGGCCGACCUGAUCCCAGCUCUCUUCAACCUGGCCACAAGCAACGAGGUUGCUCAGCGUGAGGUUGGCUCAUACAUUAUCUACAGUAUCCUGGAGGAGAACCCCGUCGCUUUCGGCGAUCAUAUUGCCCAACUCCUUGAGCUAUUUAGCCACACCCUGCGCGAUCCACAGAGCGCUGACGUUCGUAUCAACUCCAUGAUGUCAAUUGGCUCUAUGCUCAUGCUCUUUGAGCCGCUGGAGGAGGAGGAGCAGGUUAAGGCGCUUCAAUCACUCAUCCCUUCGAUGGUCGAAGUCCUUAAGGACGCCGUUCAGGGUGGCGACGAUGAGAAGACGAACCAAGCCUUUGAGGUUUUCCAACAAUUCCUCGCCUAUGAGUCUGCCCUUCUCGGCAAAUACCUGAAGGACCUUGUUCAGUUCAUGAUUGACCUAGCUGCAAAUACCCAGGCUGAGGAUGACGUCAGGAGCCAGGCGCUUUCCUUCCUUGCACAAACUGUCAGGUACAGGCGCAUAAAGAUACAGGGCAUGAAAGACAUGGGCAAGGAACUUACUCUCAAGAGCUUGCUUAUCCUCACCGAGAUUGGUGACGUUGAGGACGAGGAUGACAUGAGCCCUGCUCGGGCAGCCCUGGCCCUGCUCGACCAGCUGGCCACCGAUCUUCCCCCUCGUCAGGUCAUUGUCCCUCUUCUUGACGCCCUCCCCAAGUUUGCUACCUCCAGCGAGGCAGGCUACCGGAAGGCUGGCAUUCUUGCCCUUGGUACCGUCUGCGAGGGUGCUCCGGAGUUCAUCUCCUCCCAGAUCAAGGGUAUCAUGCCCGUGGCCCUCAAUCUUCUCAAUGACGCUGACAUUGGUGUCCGUCACACCGCCCUCAUUGGCAUUGCUCGCCUGUCCGAGGAUCUUGCCGAGGAGAUUUCCGAGUACAACGAGCCCGUGAUGGCUGCCCUCGUGAAAAAUCUCCAGGCUGCUACUGAGCCGACCGUUGACCCGAAACUAGCUAAGAAGAACAUUGAGAUCAUACGGUCUGUUUGUGGUGCUCUCGACGCCAUGUCUGAUGGCUUUGACUCCGAGUUCCUGAAGAAGUAUUCCCAUGAGCUUGUGAGCAAUAUUGGCUCGCUGAUCAGCCAUGAGGACUACAAGGUCAAGGUUGCCGCUUCUGGCGCCAUCGGUGCCAUUGCUGAGGCCCUUGGCGAGGACUUCAAGCCGUACUUCGAAGAGACCAUGCGUGCUUUAGGUCCCUACCUUGCAGUAAAGGAGACCGAGGAGGAUCUGGCGCUGCGUAGUGGCGUGUGCGAUUCCAUUGGCCGCAUCGCUGCCGCAGUUGGUCCUCAAGCUUUCCAGCCCUACGUUGUGGACCUCAUGCGCUCCAGCGAGGAGGCUCUUCACCUGGAUAACACUAGGCUGAGGGAGAGCAGCUUCAUUCUCUGGAGCUCUCUUGCCAAGGUCUACGAGAAGGAGUUUGCCCCUUUCCUCGAGGGUGUCUUCACCGGUCUCUUCCAGAGCCUUGAGCUCGAGGAGGAGGAGAUCAAGCUCACCCUCAGCGAAGAUGAGAAGGGCAUCGUCGGCACCGAGGAGGAGGUUAUUACCGGUGGCAAGAAGCUGAAAAUCAAGAAUGCUGUUGCUGAUGAGGAAGACUGGAUGGAUGACGAUAGCGAUGACGACGACUACGAGGAUUUCGGUAUUUCUGCUGAGGCACUUGAAAAGGAGGUUGCUAUCGAAAUCCUGGGUGACAUCAUCACCUACGCCUGCGGUCCGGACGAUAUCGCGCGCUAUCUCGAAAAGGCGGUCGAGAGCGUCUCCAACCUCGUUGAUCACAGCUACGAGGGCUGCCGCAAGGCUGCCAUUGCGACCCUAUGGCGCUCGUACGCGCGUGUUUGGCAGCUCAUGGAGCAGGAGACCGGCACCAGCUGGGAGCCUGGUCUCCCCCUGAAGCAGACCCCAACUGUCACUCUUGUCAAGCUCGGCGAGAUUGUCUCUAAGGCGACGCUGUCCCUGUGGCAUGAAGAAACCGAUCGUUCUGUCGUCACUGAGAUCAACCGCAACAUUGCAGCCACCCUUAAAGCCUGCGGCCCGGCAAUCCUCGCUCAGAGUGAUAUGCUGAAGGAGUCGAUCACUGCUGUCACAACUAUGAUCACCCGCGCUCACCCUUGCCAGCAGGAUCUGGGCGAUGAGGAAGAGGAGCAGACCGUUGAGGGUACGUCGGAGUACGAUUGGCUCGUCAUUGAUACUGCCCUUGACGUUAUCAUCGGCCUUGCUGUGGCCCUCGGUCCUGGCUUCUCAGAGCUGUGGAAGAUAUUCGAGAAACCGCUCCUCAAGUUCGCCUCUUCCGAGUCAGAGAACAUCGAGCGCUCUACUGCCGUUGGUGUCAUCGCUGAGUGCACGGCCAACAUGAAGGCUGCCGUGACUCCGUACACCGAGAAGCUGCUCAAGAUCCUGCUUAAGCGUUUGUCUGACACCGACCUGGAGACCAGGAGCAACGCUGCUUAUGCCACUGGUCAGCUUAUCUUCAACUCAACUGACAGCAACACCUACCUUCCCCACUUCAGCACCAUCCUUGGGAAGCUUGAGCCCAUGCUCCAGCUAGAAGGUGCUCGCAUUAAGGACAAUGCCGCCGGCUGCAUCUCCCGCAUGAUCAUGGCUCAGCCAACUGUUCUUCCCCUAGGCGAAAUUCUUCCUGUUCUUGUCAGCCUCCUUCCUCUUAAGGAGGAUUAUGAAGAGAACACCCCUGUCUACGCCUGUCUUUUCAAACUCCUCGAGGCGCAGGAACCCACCAUCCAGCAGCUGGCUCCUAAGUUGGUGCCUGUUCUCGAGUCUGUCCUCAACCCGCCUGAGGACCAGCUCUCCGAUGAGGCUCGCGACAAUGUCCGCAAGAUUGUUGCCCUGCUGUUCAACGCCAAUCAAGCUCUCUUCGCCAAUCACCCCAACGCAGUGAAGCUGGCUGGCCUUGCUUAA